AUGGUGCUCGAUCCUACCCGCAAUCACGAGAUGGAUCAAUUUCCAUUCACCCCAUCACAGGAGGAGACCGCCAAGCUCCAUCUAAUGGAUCAGAGCAGGACCUUCAGACCCACUACCCUGGAAGUCCACAAUUGGCAGCAGGAUACUGGGAAGAUACUGAGGGAUCCUGGGAUGAUCCCAACACCCCCAUCACCCCCAAUGUCUAACAGUUCUACACUGAUGAGUACAACUGACUCAUCAAUGAACAAACUCUGGAAAAGGAUGAUGGGAAUGUCGCUGAUGGAACAGAGUGAACUCCAAGGGAGGCAUGAAGAGUCCACACUCGGUCAGAUACUUCUGUCGGAGACUCCUAUAUCCAACGGGACGUCUCCGGUUGGAGUCCGAACACUAGUUCUCUAUGGGGACCAGAAGUCAUCUGGCUCGAAUCCGAAGUCACCUCAAAGAGAUCCACUGGCCUCUGUAGCCAGAUAUAUUGACGGUACCAUCAAGUCGCUCUCCAAAUUGAAAGAAAGAGGAGUGGCCGAGGAAAAAGGGAUACUGGGUUGGGGGACCAUCUUUCCAGUGGAUUUCUGGAUCACCCCCAAAGAGGGAUCCUGGGAUCUACCCCCCAUGCCCUCCAACUCAACUGCCGACAACACCUGGCACUUCGUUGCUGGGGACAGUUGGGAAUCUCCCUGGCCAGAAACCUCUUAUGAGGCCUUUCCAUGGGAGAAUGAGCAGUAUGAGGCCAUCUGGCCCAACCCGAUGGCCAGAACGCACAUUGAUGAAAACCUAUGGGACUCACUCCCCACCCCCUGUUCAUGGAGGAAGAAUACUGAACAGUCCCAGAGGCAGAAGAAGGCAGCCAUACCCUCACCGACACCCCCUCUGAUGAGGAUGAGACCAUCCGCGUCUUUAGUGCUGAACUUCAGCACUGAAGACAUCUUCAAUACGAAGAAACCUGGGAGAGACUGGACUAAACCACGCCUACCAUCCGAAGUGUUUUGGACCACGUCUCUGGACCCAGAACUAGGAAAGAGGGUCCCCUCUCUUUCCCAGUACAGGGGCACAUCAUGCCCUGAAAGGAUGGACACCGAUCGUCUCAAAAAGGAGAGCGCUCUGCUUAGAAGGCAGAGCAAAAACCCCUCAGCAACGAACGCUGAGGGGAGGGUGUCGACAAAGAACUAG